GCCCGCAGGUUCAGGACGAGCAGGACAGCGAUCAGUCUCCUGGUUUUGUGUCAGUCGAUGACAAAGUCUCCCAAAACCUGAUCGGAUCUGCCAAAGACGCUCUUCUCACGAUGGUGAACAACAUCGCUGCUAAUGUUUUGGGUGGAGCUCCAGAGAGCACAGCUGGAGCAGGAAACUCUUCCGCUGCAGGUUUAAACAUGACAGAGCUGCUUUUCCCUGCUGAGACGAUCCAAAGUGCUGCUUCCUCUGGACUGAAGACUGUCAUCAGGAUUACAGAGACCACCAGCAUUACUGAAGAGAUGACCGUAUCACUCUCAGACACCGCCGGAGACCCUCGGGUCCAGACCAGGCCUGACGUGGAGCGGAUCGUCACGCUGCUGCCUGAAGAAGAACCGGAUCAGUCUUCUGAAGGACUCCUGGAGCCUGGAGCAGAUCGGCAGGAAAGAUCUGAAUCUGCCUGCUCCUGUUCACACAGAGACUCUCUUCAGGAGUACCUUCUGCAGCGCUGCUCCUCUCCAGACCUUCUCCAGAAGACCCCGUCUACAGCCUCAGUAACACAGGAGCCACAGAGUCCCAGUCUCUCUCCAGACAUAGAAGAUCUAGCUCCAAGUCUGACCUCUGAUGUGCUCCUCCUGGUUUCUGCAGACUCCUCCAGAGCAGCGACGAGGCCCAUCGAGCUGAUGUGUGCUUCUGCCAGCGAGUGUCUCUCAGAGACGCUUCCUCAGCAGAGCGCUGACCACCUGACCGAGUCCAGCCAGAAACCGGACCUUACGUCCACCUCUGCUGCACGGUCGGAAGAAGAUCAGAUCAGCCUUGACCAUCACAUUCCAGCUCCUACGGUUUCCUGAACUCAGCAGAGUCUUCAAAAUCUGCUAUUAUGGAUGAAGCGGUCAGCAGGAGAUCCCUGACCCCGGCUCAAGACGCUCAUCCUUCAGAAGGGCUCUCAGACUCAGAGUCUAGGAACAAGGAGCUUCUGGAUGAUGAAAGCAAUGCUCAUAUUGAGCAGAUC